GCUGUGCGCCGCUGCCUCCCGUCUUGGGACAUGCUCGUGCAGAGCGUGGUGCUGGCGGUCGUGCCAGCGUGGACGGCGUGGCUGAUGCCAGCGAUGCUGGCUCUUCGAGGCUCGGCCAUCGAGCACGCCGUCGGCAUGGGGCCCCUGGUCGCGGACUCCGUUGGCUGCGCCGCGGGCGAUGGUCACUCGGGCUCGGAGGGCGGGUUCGUUUCAUUCCUAGACGACUUCUCGGUGGCGGCGGUGGCGUGUGCGGCCCGGGGGCCGAAGUCGGGAGUUGAGCCACUCCUGGACUGGGCCGAGGCCCGCGCCCUCGGCGUCCGCCUCGGCAGUGCAG